AUGCCUUCCAACGAAAGCUCCAAGGCCCUACCAACUUACUUCAUUGGGCACGCAGGGGUAGGGCUUCUAUUCAAGGAAUCCGAGAAUAAUCGCAUCGUGAAAGACAACCUGAGAGAUGUUGGAAAAGAAAUUAUUGCGCUUUCCCCUCGUCCAAAGGCUUUCAUCAUUUUCAGUGGACAUUUUGAAGCGGGUGAGAUCCACGGGCCUGGUGUAAUUGAAGUGAACGUAAAGCGCAACACCCCGAUUCUUCACGACUUUGUCAAUGACUUUCACGACUCCCAUCCUUUAGUCUACGAAUAUGAUUGGUCGCAUCAAGACGCGCCCGAUCUCGCAACGGCUGUCUGGAAACAUCUCAACGACUCGGGUAUCAAGGCCAAGCGGGUCCAAAGAGGCGUGGACCACGGCACAUGGGUACCUUUCAAAAUCAUGUUCCCUCCCGAGGAUCCACUAGAUGUACCCAUAAUACAAGUUUCGACAUUCCACGGAUACGACCUCGAAAGUCAGAUACGGCUGGGUGAAUCGAUUCGAUCUCUAAGGCAUGAGGGGUUCCUUGUCGUAGCCUCGGGAAUGGCAGUCCAUUCUUUCGCGUCGAUUUCGGAGAUCAGCCGGGCGCAGACCGAUGAGGAGCGAGGUAUCACAAGCGAGAAGGUCCUGGGAGAGACGAGGUCAUUCGAUAAGCAGAUCCGCGGCGCACUUGCAAUUGAAGACUCGGCGAAAAGGAGAGGUGCCCUACUGGAGUUGGGGCUGCUGCCUGAGUUCAAACGGUCGCAUCCGACGGUUGAGCAUUUCACCCCACUACUCGUGGCGGCUGGCGCGGCUGGCGAUGAGGAAGCUCAUUCUCUUGGUGUCGAUGUGGUGGAGCCAGGGUUCAGCUACUUGAAUGUUCGAUUUGGGCAGAACUAG